UUUAAUGUGCACGAACGUAUUACGAAAUUAAAAACAUUGGAAAGACAUGAUUGAAAUGUAAUGGUGACAAAUAAUAUACAAUAAACUCCUAUAAGAUACGAGUCUGAUCAAAUUCAGUUCAUCAUGGAUUCAAAUUGGACUUUCCACGUUGGUCUGCGCUCACCAAACCUCACGAACACCACGGUCAGUCUCCAGGAGAACUUCGAAAUCGAUCUGGAAGAUACCAACUGGAUCCUGACUUCAUCGUUCAUCAUCUUCACGAUGCAAACAGGUUUUGGUAUGUUGGAGUCUGGCUGCGUGUCCAUAAAGAACGAAGCAAACAUCAUGAUGAAGAACCUGGCGGAUAUAUCACUGGGCGGUCUCACCUAUUGGAUCUUCGGCUAUGGCAUGUCUUUCGGUGAUGGGCCGUUAUCGAAUCCGUUCAUCGGCGUGGGGAACUUCCUCGUGGACCCUCCGGUGGGAGACGCGCUGAUGGGUCCCGUGUUCGCAUCCUUUUUAUUCCAACUGUCCUUCGCCACCACGGCUACCACUAUCGUCAGCGGCGCUAUGGCUGAGAGGUGUAACUUUAAAGCCUAUUGUCUGUUCUCAUUCCUGAACACAAUAGUGUACUGCGUGCCCGCGGGUUGGGUGUGGGGUCAGCACGGCUUUCUAAACAAACUUGGGGCGGUGGACAUCGCUGGAUCGGGGCCCGUGCAUCUUAUUGGAGGAGCUUCAGCGUUCGCAUCAGCUCUGAUGCUGGGUCCGAGGUUGGGGAGGUACGCUCGUGGUAGCGCCCCACUACCACUGGGGAAUCCCGUGAACGCCGUGAUGGGGACGUUCGUGUUAUGGUGGGGCUGGCUGGCGUUCAACUCGGGGAGCACUUAUGGGGUGAGCGGUGCUAAAUGGCAAUACGCAGCUCGGGCCGCGGUGAUGACAAUGAUGGGCUCCUUUGGAGGCGGUUUCUUUGGACUCUUAUUCACGUUAAUCAAGAACAAAGGUCGCGCUGAUGUCAUGGAACUCAUCAACAGUGUUCUUGGCUCGCUCGUCUCUAUAACAGCUGGCUGCUUCCUGUACCGAGCCUGGGAAUCUCUGGUGAUCGGUAUGAUAGGAGCCGCUAUCGCAUCAGCGGCUACACCACUCUUCGACCGUCUAAGGAUCGACGAUCCCGUCGGGGCCUCCGCUGUUCAUGGGGCCUGUGGUUUUUGGGGUGUCUUGGCUGUGGGUCUGUUCGCUGACAAUCCGAUACCCAUGGAAACAACUAACGGGAGAUCCGGGCUUUUUAAAGGCGGCGGUUGGUAUUUGCUUGGGGUCCAGGCGCUCACCGGGGUCUGUCUGGCCGCGUGGGGUGCUUUGGUGACGAUGGCGUUGUUGUGGUUGAUAGACCUCGUGUUGCCGAUAAGAAUGGAUCCCUAUGAAGAGCUAUUGGGGGCAGACCUCACCGAACAUAGGAUACGACAUGGACAGGUGGGUGUGACGCGAGCGGUUUCCGCCCUACGACCUUUCUAUCAGUCUCCAAGUGUGGAGCUGGUGGGGGGUGUAGGGGUCAACACUGGCCACGAUCUCGUUGUGGACAAGCUUCAUGAGUACACCAGGCGGAGGAAGAACAAGCUACAUCCGGAACUCCAAGUGUAUCCUAACAAUGGGUUCAUGGCCGACGACGAGUCCGAGCCUUCAUUCAAGAACAACGGGUUCCUUAACAAAAGACCCGGAAAUCCUGAGAACGAUUUACACAGAGCUCUGGACACCAUGAUCAAUGAAAUAGACGGCAGGUGUUCGAAAAGAAGAGAGACGACUCUGAGAAAAGAAGACUUCAAGGGAAAGAAGUUUAAGGAACUGUCUGUUCAUGAGCUGGAGGAGUUAGAGGAAAUCAGUGCAGCGGAAGAUAGGUUCAGAUAUAGAUUCACAGAAGACGAUUAUAUCAAUGACGUAGAGAGAGGCUGCUCUGGCAACCCGACUAUGAGAUGGAUAGACUAAGAAAAAGUACAUAUAUAUAUAACCUUACUACAUGUCCAUCGAGUUAAACGUGUAUGCAACUUGAAAGUAUUUUUUAUAAACUAUCAGAUACAAGUGUAAACGUAUUUAAACGUGUAAGGGACCUUUAUGACAUUACACUGACACUGACAUAUCCAUAGAUUAUAAAUUAUUUUUAAUUAGAUAAUUAUAGAUUAUUAAAAAUGUUUAAAAAACCUAUGAAAUGUAUUUUUAAUAAAUAAAACUAUAGAAUCAUAGACAACUGUCAUUGUACAUAAAUUAAUUCCUUCGUUAUUGUUAGUGAAUAUUUUUUACGAAUAUAGCUGUAUAUAUGUAUGUAUAUGGGUUGUACUAAAAGUAUUCAAGUAUAUUAAUUAAUACUCCAAUAAAUAAGAAAUAAUAUAAUUACACAAUAUCGGCUAUUGUGACGAUGGAUCAGUCUGUGAGGUGGCCAGGGUUCCACGUCCUCCAUGUAGCAGGUUCGUCUCCUGCUCGUGGCUGUUUUUAAUUUUCAAUAUACGCAGAGAUAAUGUAAAUCUAGUCUAUUCUGUAGAUAUAUUCAGAAAUACACACACACACACACACACAAUGUACACACAUAUACACAAUGUACACAUCAACUUACUGAAGUGUACAAACAAGUGAAAAGUCUCAUUUUAAAUGGAAAUCUUCAGAGCAAAUGAAACGAUAUACAAAAACAGGUUAAUUUUAUUAAAGUACAAAAUAAAUUAAAUUACUACUUAACAAUAAA